AUGCAGCUAUUUAGGCAUCGACAUAUUGCCAUGUCAGCUGAGGCCGAUUCAAAAAUGGAUGUAAGACAACUUAACGAUGUGGAUACGAACCUUUACAGUCGUCAAAUUUAUGCUCUCGAUUGCAAAGAACUUAAUUCUCGGAGGUGUGCGCCAUGUGACGAUCCACGACCAGAAAGCGACAACUUGGAACCGAUCUUUCGGCGCAAUACUACUUGCGGGAGGAGGACUUGGGAAAAAAUCGUGCAUCGGCUUCUUUUGAAAGGCUUGCUGAGU